AUGUCUGUCCUACUCACAAUCUUUAUGGUGGUAUUUCUGCCUCUGGUAGAUAUUACCAACGCAGAAAGGGUCCUUGGGGCUUAUGUCUUCCAGCGCCAUGGGGACCGUACAGCUAAAUCCUGGCCACCUACUAAAUUGACCAAUCUGGGUUACACUCAAGAGUAUGUGACUGGUACCUUUUUUCAUGACCGUUAUAUCUCGUCAAACUCCUCCUAUCAGAUUGAAGGGAUCAGUACCGACAUAGUCAACUUGUCCCAGGUUACUGCGAGUGCGCCACAAGACGAUGUUAUCGAAAACUCAGGAGAGGGGUUCCUGCAAGGCCUCUACCCUCCGAUCGGUUCUCUUGCCACAGAUACUUUGCGCAACGGAUCAACAAUUCAAUCCCCGAUGAACGGCUACCAGCUGAUCCCGAUGUCAGAUGUAAAGUCCGGCAGCGGGAGCGAGGACAACAUGUGGCUCCAGAGUACAACUUCCUGCAACAAUGCCAAAGUCAGUAGCAAUAAUUACUUCUUCUCGAACUCCUUUAAGAGCGUGUUAUCGUCCACCAAGGAGCUUUACCAGUCCCUUGAACCGCUAGUCAACGGGACAUUCAGCUCCGCUGAGCUGAACUUCGAGAAUGGAUACACCAUAUGGGAUUUACUCCAUGUGGCUUUGAUUCACAAUUCCACCACGGCCUUCCCCCCAUCUAGCCUUCUCAAUGAUCAGAUGAUGCAAAGGCUCUUUGUUCUCGCGAGCGAGCAUGAGUCCAACCUAGCAUACAAUAGCUCUGAUCAGAUCCGUGCUGUUGCUGGUAUGACCCUUGCUGGCGAAGUUCUUGCAGCUUUGAACGAGACAAUUACAUCUAGCGGCAAAUCGAAACUGAACAUCCAGUUCGGUGCUUAUGCCACUUUCUUGUCUUAUUUCGGCCUAGCCGGACUGAGCACCACAGAUGAACGAUUCACUAGUAUACCAGACUACGCUUCGUCUAUGGUAUGGGAGCUUGUGACAAACAAUACUGGCACCGGAAUGCCCUCCACAUCGGAUAUCAGUGUUCGUUUCAUGUUUCACAAUGGAACUAGUGUCGAGGGCUCGACGGAUCUACAGACUUAUCCACUUUUCAGACAAUCGAUGCUCGAGCUUUCUUGGGCGGAAUUUGUUGACAAGUCAAAUGAGUUUGCCAUUUCAUCGCAGCAACAAUGGUGUCAGGCCUGUGGGAACACGACUGGAACCUGUAGCUCAACUUCCAAUGAUGCUGACGGGGAUAGUUCAUCCUCCAGUUCAUCGUCUGGGUCUUCGGGCAGGGGGAUGAGUUUAGGGGUGGCAGGUGUCAUAGGUGCUAUGGUGACCUUGGGUGUCAUUAUUGGGCUGUUAGUGCUCGGCAUGUUCAUCUUUGGUCUACGGCUCGUACCCAAGAGUGCGCUCGCUAGUGUUCGCCGGGGGUCGGACACUUCUACUACAUCGGCGCUGAAGGCGACAGCAUAA